AUACACUUUCUUUUGUUGCAGGUUCAAUGGCUUCAUCAAUACAUAACCGCAAACCAAGUGAAAUCCUCAAAGGACAAGUUCAGCUAUACAGAUACAUUUAUGGAUUGCUAGAUUCCAUGUGUCUCAAAUGGUGCAUUGAAAUGAACAUACCAAAUAUUAUCCAUGAUCAUGCCAAACCAAUUUCUCUUUCAGACCUAGUUUCAGUUCUUAAAGUUCCGUCAACCAAAUUCGGUAACGUUCAACGUCUCAUGCGUUACCUCGCACACAACGGAAUCUUUGAGAUCAUAACAAAUCAAGAGAUAGAAAAUAAAGAAGAAGCGUACGCUCUCACCGUCGUCUCAGAGCUUCUUGUUAAAGGGAGUGAACUAUGUUUAUCACCGAUGGCUGAAGGCUAUUUGAAUCCAACUAUUUCGGGUUCUUACAAUCACUUAAAAAAAUGGAUUUACGAGGACGAUCUUACACUCUUUGAUGUAACAUUAGGAUCUGAUUUGUGGAAGUUUCUUAAUCAAAACCCGGAAAAUAAUAGAUCGUUUAACGAGGCAAUGGCGAGUGAUUCCAAAAUGAUAAAUUUGGUUUUGAAAGAUUAUGGUUUUGUGUUUGGUGGGUUGGAAUCAAUUGUGGAUGUUGGUGGUGGAAAUGGGACAAUGGGGAAGAUUAUUUGUGACACAUUUCCUAAGUUGAAAUGUGUUGUGUUUGAUCUUCCACAUGUUGUAGGGAAUUUAUCUGGUGAUAACAAUUUGAGUUAUGUUGGAGGAGACAUGUUCAAAUCUAUUCCUAGAGCUGAUGGAAUUGUACUUAAGUGGAUUUUACAUGAUUGGACUGAUAAGGAUUGCAUAAAAAUAUUGGAGAAAUGUAAGGAAGCUAUUACAAGUGAUGAAAAAGUUGGAAAAGUGAUUCUCAUAGAAAUUGUGAUGAAUGAAAAGAAAGAUGAUCAUCAAGUUACACAAUUAAAGAUGCAAAUGGAUAUAAACAUGGCAUGUGUCAAUGGAAAAGAGAGAAAUGAGAAAGAAUGGAAGAAACUCUUUGUGGAAGCAGGGUUUAAAGACUACAAAAUAUCUCCUUUGACUGAAUUAUUGUCUCUUAUUGAAGUUUAUCCCUAAAAUAGUAAUAUUGUGAUCCAUUUAAAAACUUGCAUAUUUUAUUAAAUUUGAA